AUCUACCCAAACGAGCUGGAGCAGCAGCCGGAGUUCGGCGGGUUCCACGAGUGGCUCCAGACGUGGGCGAUCUACAGGGGGAAGCAGAGCGCGGCGGCCAGCAGCGACCGGGGGAGACUCGUCGGCAAGUUCAAGGGGAACAUCCAGGUCCGGCGUUCGCGCGGCAUCGACACGGGACCGGGCGAGGACUGGCGCCGCUUCCCCUCGAACGACCCGAUCCCGGUCCUCAUCCGCGUGUACGUGGUGCGGGCGACCGACCUCCACCCGAUGGAUCCGAACGGCAAGGCCGACCCCUACAUCCUCCUCCACUUCGGGUCGCGGAAGAUCUCCGACAAGGAGAACUACAUCUCCCGGCAGCUCAACCCCGUCUUCGGGAAGUGCUUCGAGGUGAGCGGCACCUUCCCCCAGGACUCCCUGCUGAAGAUCCAGGUGUUGGACUGGGACCUCCUCGGCUCCGACGACCUCAUCGGGGAGACGCUCAUCGACCUGGAGAAUCGGUUCUACUCCAAGCACAGAGCGACGUGCGGGCUCCCGAGGCGAUACGAAACGUCAGGCAACGGUCCGAACAAAUGGCGAGACGCCCUGCGACCCACCCAAAUUUUGGCACAAAUGUGCCGCGAAAACAAGUUGGAAUCGCCGAUUUACAUGCCGGGGAGAGUCCGGAUCGGCGAAUGGGUUUUCGCGGUCAGGCCGGAUAAUAACACCAUUCCGCUCUCCAGGCAAGGGUACGAGGAGCAUCUGGCGCUGUCCGUGCUUCAGAAUUGGCAGAAAGUGCCGAACGUUGGGUGCCAUUUGGUGCCGGAGCACGUGGAGACGCGCUCCCUCUACAAUCCGGACAAGCCGGGCAUCGAACAGGGGAAGCUGGAGAUGUGGGUGGAGCUGUACCCGAUGGACACCCCGCUGCCGGGCCCGUCCCUGGACAUCUCGGCGAGGAAGCCCGUCGGCUUCGAGCUCCGGGUCAUCAUCUGGAACACGGAGGAUGUCGUCCUCGAGGACGACUCGUUCUUCACGGGGGAGAAGAUGUCUGACAUC